AUGAGAUUGCAACAAUUCUUUGUUCUGUUUCUUGUUUUUAUGAUGAGUCUUCUACUUAUCCCCGGACAGAGACCAGCUAAUUUGGCAAUGAGAAGAAAGUUGCACAGGUACAACUGCCUUCAGAGGAGAUGUAUGCCUCUCCAUUCACGAGUGCCCUUCCCCUGAGGACCUGUACAGGGUGUCCAACUGCCUACCUGGAAUCACCUCAGCUGCCCUGCAGAUACUCGAAGC